UUGACAAAAAGCUGAACGGUGGACUGUCCAAACUCCGAAGUCAGUAUUCAUCUAAAGCUGUUUGCUCAACCAAAGUAGUAAUCAGAAAAACUCUCUCAGCCUCUUUACUUUAAUUUCCUAGAGAGGAACGAGGAGAGUUUUAAAGAAAAUCCCCGGCUUUUUGCAGAUUUUGAAACGGAUCGCUAUGGCAAUUGCUACGGAAGAAACCACCCGCAUAUGCAAUCACUGUGACAGGGCCAUACCUUCUUCUAACAUUGAUUUGCAUCAUGCUCAUUGCUCCCGUAAUCUAGAAAGAUGUAAAGUUUGUGGUGAUAUGAUUCCCAAAAAGCAUGCAGAGGAACAUUUCUUAAACACCCAUGCUCCGGUGGCGUGUUCACUGUGCAGUGAGACAAUGGAACGUGAAAUUCUGGCUAUUCAUAAAGGUGAAAUUUGCCCCCAGAGGAUCGUUACUUGUGAUUUUUGUGAGUUUCCAUUGCCCGCCAUUGAUCUGGCUGAGCAUCAGGAAGUAUGUGGGAACCGGACGGAACUGUGUCAUCUGUGUAACAGAUACGUUAGACUGAGAGAAAGAUAUAACCACGAAAGUAGGUGUACUGGUAUUGCAGAAAACAAUGAGGGAUCUUCCAGGGAUGUGAGGGCAGCCGAAAGGGAACAAGCUCGUCCAAGAAGGCAGGCAUCGGAAUAUUCAAGGAGACGAAUUCUAUUCACAAUUGCAAUAACCGGCAUCGCUGUUCUUCUAGGCUCACUUUUUUUCCAGAAGAAGACAGAUGCAAAUCAGGUACAUUAGUUGCAAUAACCGGCAUCGCGGUACAUUAGUUGUUUAAGCAAAUCAGGUAGAGAGCUACAUAUUCCGUUUGUGUAUUACCAAAUUGUCCUCUAAGAUCAUAGACUAUUAAUGCUGGCAUUCAAAACUCAUUCAGAUUGUGAUAAUGUACUGCAUUUUCUUCCAAAUUAUAACACAAUAAUAUUUAAUUAUGCUAAUGUACCGAGAAAAUUUUGAUAA